AUGGACACACUUCCGGAUUCCGUUGGUUCAUCUCAAAUGGACGGAGAGGCAUCUCGGGCCAGUGGAACACCAGAGGCUGCAGCUGCGAUGGCCAAAUCCCGGUCGAAAGCUCCGGUGCGAGUAGAAGAAGCUCCAAAGUUUGACCUAGACACGUACAUCGCGAACUACACUGGCCGCACCCGCUACGACCGUCUCUACCUCAUCGGCACGUGUUCUCCAUUGCUCGCCAACGACGCCCUCAAGGCAGCUAUCUCCGAGGCCAAAGCCAGCAGGGAUAUUGUGAGGUAUGAAAAGGCAGUUCGCGCACUAGCUGAGGUAGCACCAAACGACCCUGAAGCUUCUCUCAACUCCGCGUGGGUUCAGGAAACUCAGCGGUCUGUGACGGCUCAGACUGAGCGAUUGGAUACUGAGCUGAGGGGAUACAAGAACAAUCUGAUCAAAGAGAGCAUUCGGAUGGGCAACGAGGAUCUAGGAAACCAUUACUACGAAAUCGGAGAUCUCGCCGCCGCGUCCAAGGCCUACGCGCGCGUGAGAGACGUCUGCACUACACCCAACCACAUCACUUCUAUGCUAUUCAAGAUGGUCAAUGUCUGCAUUGAGCGAGGGGACUGGCUAUCCGUCCAGACCAACGUCCACCGCCUGCGCAACUCUCAAUCCAAGCCCGAUGAUGCCGCUCGAAAUGAACCAAAGAUCGGAGCUACUUAUGCGCUCUCACAAAUGCAUCAAGGCCAGUUCCUCGAAGCAGCCAACACUUUCUUGACCAUCCCAGCAGACCUGGGCGACAGCUUCAAUGAAGUGAUCACCCCCAAUGACGUUGCCGUCUACGGCGGCCUUUGUGCCCUUGCAUCGAUGAACCGGGAGGAACUGCAGAGCCAGGUGCUUGACAACCAGAAUUUCAGAAACUUCCUCGAACUUGAACCUCACAUCCGUCGCGCCAUCGCUUUCUUCUGCAACUUCAAGUUCCGAGCCUGCCUUGACAUCCUGGAGGCCUACCGACCUGAUUAUCUCCUCGAUAUCCAUUUGCAACGCUUCCUCCCCCAGAUCUACAAGCUUAUUCGCACCAAAUCCAUGAAACAAUACAUGAUUCCUUUCAGCACUGUUACCCUCGACUCCAUGGCUAAGAUAUUCGCCCCUGAAGUCAUUGGCGGUGAAGCCCGACCCACUGAUAUUUCCUCGCCAUUUGUCCAAGAGAUCAUUGGCCUUAUUCAGGAUGAGGUUCUGGACGCGCGCAUCGAUCUUGAGCGAGGACUCCUCGUCUCCAACAAAAUUGACCUCCGGUCCGAGGUGCAACGAAACGCCUUGGAAAACAUUCGGGAGUUCAACCAAGAAGCUUAUUGGCGAGUUAUGCGGGCUAAUUGCAUCGCCCACGGAUUAAUCGUGGGGGCUGACAGGAGUGCCGGUCCUGGAAUGGGCAAGGGAGGAUUCAGUCGCGACAGCACUAUGUUUGACUGA